UAUUUGUUUGAUUUAUAAGAAGCAUCAAAAUGGCGAAAGAAGGCUCCCGCUCUUUGAAGUUCGACCCCAACACGGAGGCGUUCCAGAUGCGGGCGCAGUGGAAGAAGCAGGACAUGUGCCGCAAGCAGUGGUUCCAGCGCUGGGCUUGGCUGCUCGACGAAAGGAUCCAAGCCCAGGCAGAAGCGGAGAUCGCUAAAAAGGAAGUAGAGGCCGCCCUGCCCCACGUCGCGUCGAAAGAAGAAACGAUCAAGACCCUGAAACCAGUGCCAGUCACUUCCACAGGCACCAUCGGCUGGCUCGCGUCCAAAUUGAUAUAUUUCAGGCCCGACUGUCAGUUAGAAAUUUACACUUCGUGGCUCUCGAAACCUCCUCUAAGACUUCCUGAUGCCUGGGAAGAUAAAAACUACAUUGGACCGAAAAUCGCUAAACAUUAAUACGAGUGUAGCUUGACACUCAGUCUCUACGUACUUUUCUACCUCGGUAAUGCUUUCAUUUAUUUAUAUACUGACUUAAAUAUUGGUCAAUACAACAGCUGUGGCUAUAAAGAAAACUUUCGUUUAAUUGAUUGAUCCACUUUACAGCUGACUCGUUGCUUUAGCUUUAGCUCUAUCUUUCAUCCAAUUUAGCCGCACAGCGAUUGCCUGACCGAUAACAU